AGAAGCAGAAGAAGAACCAAUAAGCUUACAGUAAUCCUUCCCCGGCUUCAGUCGUGGGAAGCUAUAACAACAUAUGUGGCAUUGAAUAUUUUGUUUUGUUUACAAAUGAGAGUUAAAGUUGAAAACACCUUGCAGCUUUACCAUUUUAUUUAGCUAGCGUUAGUUAUUUAGAGUUCAUUAGUUCUCUGAUUACGGUCGUGUAUGAUUAGCUAAAUGUGCUGGCGCUAGCUACGUAGGUAGCUAUAAUAACUUGCCAAACCUACAGUUAAUACCGCUUUUGAGUUAGGUCCAACGACUAGCUAGCUAGAUUGUACAGUUACGUACGGUUUAGAAUAAAUGAUUAAACUGUUGCAUUAUCUACAUAUCCGAUAGAUCGUUUGUCUGCCUAUAAGACUAAUGGCACCCACGCACAGCUGUUUAGUUUGUAAUGAUUGUUUAUAGCUAGUCUUAGCUAGCUAGCUAUACACAAACAAGCUACUUGGCUUUUAGCUAGCUAGCUAGGUUAGCAAACGUGUCUGACCGGCUGAAGUGUGUGCCUUAGGAAACAAAUUUAGCUGGAUAGCUAGUUAGCAAACUACAUAUCUAACCUAGCUAAUUUAGCUAACGCAGACUGAAAAUGGCUUGCCGACUGACGAAAGAGGAGCUGGACCAACAGUUUGAACAGUUUUUGAGAGAGUCAGUUUCUGAUGACUCCAUUGAAUUUGGCCACAACUCUACUCGACCCAGUGUCCUAAACCACUUGGGAAAUGUACCACAAAUGCAAACAAAGAAAAGCCAGGGGUCUGUACCUUGGUGGCAGAAGGAUGAUGACAGUGAAGAGUGCCUGGGGAAAGGAAUGAUAGAACCUGGGAAGACCUUCCGCAAAUCAUUAAGGAGGUCACACUCCGUCCAGGAGAUGGAGGAAGAUCAGCUGAAGCGACACUGCUUUGAGUACAAUCCCAAAGGAGCCCCAGCCAUCUUCACUAGAGACAGUCUAGAGCCUGAAGAUUUGCUGGUGGUGACUGGGUCUGCGUUGAGUGCCACUGCUUUAGGCCUGGAACAGGGGCAUGGAGAGGAGGAGAGACCAGGGCUUUUAGAUGACCUGGGCAGAGGAACCGAGGCUAUAGCUGGCCUUACAACACUCAGACGAGAAUUGGAAUCUUGCAGCUCCACUUUGAGCUCUCCAGAAAGAAGGGAGCAUAUUGCUAUGAUAAAUCAGAAUCAAAUGGAAGAUGCUGAAAGACUUUUGGCUUCUGCUAAAGAAAACCAUCCAGAAUCUCCUGCUUACAGUGAAGAUUUUGAUGAUGACGCAAGUGACUAUCCCAAAGAAGCUAUAGAGAAGAAACCUGAAAGGUGUGGGAUGUUGGCUAAAGUGUCGCUGCAUGAUUCUCUCAACUCAACGGAUGGCCCUGUAGUGCCUCCUCUAGGCAGUGAAGUGGUAAAGAGAACAGAAUGGUCCAGCUCCAGAAUGGCAGAUGCAUCAGGGCCAGCAGCCACAGGUCAGUCAUAUGGUCAAAGUGGGGUGAGCGACAUGGAGGCACUGCAGGAGGCGUACAGACAAAUAAGUCACUCAGUGGGGGAGUUUGAGGAGAGAGAGCAGGAGCCCAGCAGGAGCCCUGCUUCCCCCGUCACUCCAAAGUGUUCCAGAGAAACCCUGAAGCAUGUUUCCACUGUAGAGUCAGACUUACCAACUGCAGAGGAACUUAUGCGUGCUAUCGGACCAGAUUCUAGUUUCACAUAUGACUCGCCUCUCCAUCUCCAAAAUGAAGCAGCAGUCGAUGUAAAUGCUGAAAGGAUGGCUUCAGAUCACAGUCCUGUGAGAGCUAAAACUGAGGUCUCUGCUGGGGCUCUCAGUGGGACGGCGAGCGAGGGGCCCACAAUGAUGGUGCUGAACCCAGCCUCCCCCCAGCAGAGACACAUGAACAUCACCGAGGAGGUAAAAAGGCUCAUGCAGGAGAAGGAGAUCUCCCCUCAGGAAUCCACCAGUGUCUCCAACAAGGGCAGGAAAAAGCAGCAGGUUCUGGGUAGACCCAACACCACAGCUCCUUUUUCAUGUUUAUCUAAAAAAGCUCCAGUCCCAUCUGGGAGAAAUAAGGAAGCUGAGAUCGGGCUGAGAUCAUUACCUAAGACUUCUGCACCCAGCAAGACUGGUCAGAUAGUUAAACCACCAUCUUCACUGGCUGCAAGAAAGAGUCGGAGCCAAAUCGCCAAAAGGACAUCCAUUCAUAGUCAGACACACAUCAGAAAAGGUCCUGACUCUGGUUUAAAAGUUAGAAAUGAGCUUCUUACUUCAGUACAGUCCUUUGCUUCAUUCUUGGAACACCAAAUGGAAGCCAGUGGUUUGCAGACAGACUCUCCUUCCCAGUCAGAUGGCAGCACACAGCAUAGGACCGAGAGAACACACAAGUCAGGAAAGGAAUUGAUGGGUAACAGAGGUGACAGGGGUCCAGACAGAGCCUCGGAACAUUCCUUCCUGGACCGUCUGUCUGACCGAGGGAGAGAACUUCUCAUCAGCGAGAAGCAGCUCCAGGAGGAGCACAGCAGAGAGGUCAGCGCUCUUCGGCAGGAGAUUUACAUGCUGGAGAGCAAGCUACACAGUGUGCAAGAGGCCAGCAAGAAGCAGAGAUGGAAUUUUGGUGAGGCCUCAGACCCUGUAACAGAGGAGAAACUCAAACUGAUUGAGAAAGAGAUGAAGGAACAAGAGACUCUAAUCCAGGGCUACCACAUGGAGAAUGAAAAAUUGUACCUGCAAAUGAAGGCCCUCCAGGCACAAAGUAAACAUAAUGAAGAGGCCAUGUUUACAGAGAACCAAAGGCUACUCUCAGAAUUAGCCCUCACUAAGGAACAGUUAAAUAGCAUCAGCAAGCAGAAGACUGUGGGAAUUACAGCUGUAGCAGACCCAGGAUGCAGUGUUAAAGUGCUAAUGGGUCAGCUGCAGACUGCGCAGAAAAAAGAAGCACAUCUCCAGGAGGAAAUCCAAAGGCUGAAACAAGAAAAUCAGGCCCUGCAAGUGGACCUGCAAACAAUGAAAAAAGAGCGGGACAUGGCAAAAGUGCAGGUCAUCUACACCUCAGGUGAUAAGGGCUUUGAGCUGAAGCUGCAGGAGGAGAGGCAUAAGGAGGAGGUGGUGGGCCUGAGGAAGAGGCUACAGUGGUACGCCGAGAACCAGCAGCUCCUGGACAAAGACGCAGCUAGGCUGAGGGCAGCCAAUGCAGAGACACAGAGACUCACAGAGCAGGUGGAGAAGCUUAAGAUGGAGAUCUCUAAGCGAACCCACCAACAGCAGAAGAAGGCGAAGGAGAGGGCUGGCGAGGCUAAGAAGAUUCAGGACCUUGAGCGGCAGGUGAGGGAAUUGGAGGAGAUCCUGCGGCGCAGGCAUCCAAAUUCCCUGCCUGCCCUCAUUCACGCCGCUGCUGCUGCUGGCGCUGGCAGAGAGGAGGAGGUGGGCAGAGUCCAAGAGGGUGCAGUUCCCCUUGUGGACCACACAGUGGCACUGCUGGAGAGACGCGUGCGCAGACUGGAGGCGGAGCUUGAAGGUUGUGAUGAGGAAGCCAAACGCUCCCUCAGAGCCAUGGAGCAGCAGUUCCACCGAGUCAAGCUCCAGUAUGAACAGCAGAUCUCAGAGCUGGAGCAGCAGUUAGCUGAGCAAAUCCAGGAGCAGCCAAGCAGUUAUCCUGAGGAGUCACAGAAUCACGCCCAGUUGCUGCAGCAAGAACUGGAGCAGCUGAAGGAGGCUUACCAGAGCCAAGUGACUGCUCUGAAGGCUGAAGUGGCCACUCUGCAGGAGCAGCUCCAGCAGGCAAAACCCACGACACAGUCACACAACCAUUCCCGUAGCCCCUCACGACACCAGAAGCAGACAGAUGCAGCUCAGACAGCCCGCAUCGAGCGCCUGACCCAGGAUCUUGCAGGCAAGAGCCGCACCAUCCAGGACCUACACCGUACUGUGGAGCGCCUGCAGAGAGAGAGGAGGACCAUGCUGUUUGCUCCAAGCCUUGAUGGUGGCAGUACACAGCCCAGGCAGUACCCAGUCCCAGCCAAAGACUGCCCUAUGCCCACUGAGACCUUCCCCCCUACCCAGGAUGAGAAGGAAUACCAACCCAGGGCUUUCUCAGGGUCACAUAUUUCUGAGGUGCAGAAGGAAAACGAGAGGCUGAGGCUCAGACAGGAGCAGCUGGAGAUGUGUUGGGAGCAGGAGAGGGUUUUACUGCAGACUGCUGUCACACAAGCACAAGAUGAACUCCACAGGGCUCAGAAGCGGACUCUAGAGGAGCUGGCCUCACUCAAGGUUGACCACCAAAGAGAGAUAGAGCACCUUGUGGCUCGCCAUGCCCUAGAGCACUCUUCCUCUAAAGUAGCUGAACUCAUGAAUCAAGUCAAGGCACAUGAGAUCAUGGUGCUUCAUUUGCGUGAGCAGUUGAAGGAGUUGCAGGGUAAUAAAGAUGCUCUUUCUGUGUCUAAACUCCGGGAGGAGACUUUGCAGAGCCAGCUGACAAAGCUUCUAGAUGAGCUAAAGCAGGCAAAAGGGCUCCACAGUCCUGGGCUGAGACACUUUGCCAGUUUGGAGCGCAAAAUCCAUACAAUGGAACUCCGAUACAAUCAGCGUGAGCAGGAACUAAAGCAGAUGAUUGCUCAGACACGGGCCAUGGUGGAGCAGGAGCAGGAGGCUGAGGUGGUUCGCUGGAAGAGGCUGGCUCAGGGAAAGAGCAGUGAGCUUGAGGCAUUCAGACUGGAGCUGGACUCUAUAUUGGAUGUGCUUCGAGAGCUCCAGAAGCAGGGUGUAGUUAUUCCUGCUACAAAGCACUCCUCUGCUGCUGGCUUCAUAUUUAAACCACUCCAAUCCUGACCUGGUACAUUUCCAUUAAUUGAUCUUUUCACUUGGUUAUGCAACAAAUCUGUGAAAACAAUAUAACUAAUAUGGGAAUUGCUACUUCAUCUCUUUAAAGCUGGAGCUAGUGUCGAGCCAUCCCACAUUGAGUACAGAUAACUUAAAAAAACAAAUGAUGAUUGAAUGAACUGUAUGCCAUAUUAGGGCUAACAAAAUGGAAUAUUUGAAAUUCUGUUUGAUUUUUAAGAGAAACAAAAAGGAGGAGAGAAAAAACUUGUUACAUCUAGCUUCUUUAUAUGCCAGCCUUUUCAGACAGUAAAGUCAGAGAGUCUGGACUUUAAUGAAGACUAUUCUUAUGCUCUGCUGUUUCCUUUUUAAUUUUAUUUCUACCCGGCAUACCUGCCAAUUUGCUUAGCACUGCAGCACUACCAAUAAAAUUUUAAUUAAAUUCCCAGCUAUUAAAUUUUCACAAUAUGUACAACCAAACUGUCAUUUUUAAUGUACAUUUUGAAAAGAACUAAUUGUAUUGUGUGCCAUUUUAAAUAUUUAUUGGUAUUAAAGUGUAUUCAAGCAAGUUUAUUUGUUAAUUUUCCAUUAUCAUCUGUGCUAUUUUACACAUUUUCCAAAAAAUGCCAUCUUUACAAAAUGGUGUAUUUUGACUUUUAACUCUGGAUGAAGUGUUUUAUGCAGCAGUUCCUUGCAGAGAUGUUGAGGGCCGUGCAUGCUAUUUUCUCUCAGUUAUUUAUUUUUUAUUUUUUUAAUAUAAAUGAUCACUGAGUAGCGGGGGGCCAAAAAAGCAAAUUGGCACUGCUCUGUGGGUGUAAGGGGUGGUAUUACUCUGCCCUGUCAUUGACUGCAGCACUAGUCAAUCAUGGAUGCAUGUGCUCACUACACCCUUCGUGGUUGGUAGUUGUUAUGACAUGUGGGAACUGACAUAACGACUAAAUUAGAAGAGAGUGGGGUGUGAAUGAAUGAAUGAAUGAAUGAAUGAAUGAAUGAAUGAAUGAAUGAAUAAGCACUGAAUUUGUAUUGCCAAGGUUGACAUCUGAAAUUUGAAUUGGAGAAUCUAGUUUUGGAGACCAUAGAUUCAAGUCACAGUUCAGUAACAGGCUUUUUUUUAGAGCUGGCAAAAAGAAAUCUGCUUGGCACAGUUAGAAUUUCCAGUUCCAGUUGUUUAAAAUUAAAGGUGCACCCAUGUGUCCUCACAUCACUAUUAUAUCUUUGCUCUGUCAACACUGCUUCCUUAUUUGACAAUAUUUACCUGAGCUUAGUCAUCAACUUUGUAUUCAUUCCCAAAAUGCCUGUCAGUAUUUAAAAAUCAAAAGCAUGACUGUUGCUGUAGUUCAGUUUUAUUAGCAUUUAAUUAAACAAUUUUUCAUAACUUCAUAGAUAAAUAUGUCCAGUUGCCAGGGGCAUGUCUAUAAUGCAGAAAAUCUUUUUUUUUUUCUUACUAUUAAAUAGCAGAGUAUUUGCAGUCAAAUUUGAGGUAAGUACUAAUAAUAUAGUAUUAUCAAAUGCUUAACUCUGUUGGUUGUUGGAUGAACUUUCCAUACAGGAAACAUGAUAUAUAAACAGCAGUUCUGAAUUUCUUGCAGUCUUGAGUUCUAAGAUUUAAUGGGGUAUAUUUAGCUUGUAGAAUCACAAGCACUCCAUAAAAAGUUAAUUACAGCUUAGUAAUAGAGACUUCAUAUUUCACAAUUUCUUGGUUAAUGGUUUUGUUCACUGUAUCUCCUGUUCACCGAAUAAGCUUUGGACUUCAUUUUUGUUACAAUUUAGAUAAAGUUUCUCAUAAUUCUUACAAAAUCUACUGCAAAACAAUUGCUGAAAUACUGUAUUCUUCACAAUGGAUGAAAAACAAACAAAAACAGGUUAUAAACAAAAAUAAUGAAUUUUGAUUAAAUCUUAGCAGCUAUUUCUUUACACAACAGUGCUGUUUACAAAGAUGUUGCCAGAGCUGUGUGAAAAGACACCUACGUAUACAGGAACAUAGGUAUACAUGAACAUCCAUAGUAUAAUAAAGGACAGGUCUAGAUUUGUUGUUUUAUAGAAAAGUGAUGAGAAAUAAAACCAGAACAGCUGGGGUAAGGCAGAAGAAAUCUGCUCAGUGAAGUACUGGAAAGAUUUGCUUUUUUUCUAAUAUCCUGUAGUUUUGUGGCGUUUAUAACAGAGAAAGAUACCUCAUUGGACAGUCAAUAAAACAUGUCUAAAACAUUGACUAGACACAGAAUUGUUAAAGUUUGCUUUAUAAAAUAAACCAGCUAUAACUAGCUUGUUUUUAAAUCCCAAAGCAGCAGCAAUAGCUUUGCAUGGACAAGGUGCAAGAGUGGGACACAUGAGUGGGACUGAGAUAAAUUUUAAAAGUACCGUACUGUUUUGCUAUGCAUAUAUGUCUUUAAAUAAAUAAAUAAUGUUGAUUGUAGAUCACAUUGAUUUUUUUCUUCUGAUAUCAAGCUGAGAUCAUCAAGAGAAAGAUUAUCAGAGAUUAUCUAUAAAUGAUGCUGUUACACUUUUUCUGAGUGCCAAAGGCUUCACUUUCAGCAUUGAUUUUGAGGGGCAUCAAUACCAAAUCAGGAUGUACUUCCACUUGACUGAAGCAGGUGCUGAAAAGAUUUCCAAUGGGGGAAUGGCAUUUGUUAACUGUAGCAUGAAAUGCAAAACUUUCAGUGUCUUUUUAUUGCCUUGUAAACUGAAAUAAAAACAGCAAUGUACACUUGUAUUUACAUUCAAGUCAAUGUCCAGCAGAAAAUGGAUACUGUUGAGAUCGACUGAUCCAAAACCAUGAAUAAAAUUGUUAACAUAAAACAAGCAGCAA